GUUCUCUGGAUUCUCUACACAAGAAGUUUGGGUAUUCUCCGUGUUUAGAGACAUUUAGAUGCAUAAUUAAAGGGUGUCAAAUCGAAUUGUUUAGCAUGGAUCUUCCAUUUGACGGAUUAUAUCGUUUCAAACAGAUAGGAAGGAUGUUAUUACCUACCAAGGACGCAAACUUUUUAAAUUUAGUUUCUGCCAUUUCAUACUUUUAUAGUUUGUUGGAAUUGAAUAAACCAUCUACACCUACUGGCUUGUCGUACCAUAAAGAAUCGUAUUCAUCACCUUACAAAGUUCAUAUACCAAUCUUAAAUAUUCCGCCUCCUGCGAUCGAUUGA